AUGUCGACGACCUCGUCGACCUCCCCUGCGCCGGCGUCUCCUCCCAGCAUCUCCACGGCUCACAUCCACGCGCACCAGCACCAGCAGCAUAGUCACCACCAUCCUCUUCCUCCGCCCUCCUCCUCCUCCUACGGCGAGGACGAGGACCACCACCAGCAGCAGCAGCAGCAGCAGCACCGGCUCCCGCCACCAUCCUCCUCGUCGCCGCCGCAGCACCACAUCCACCCCACGCUCCCGUCGCCGGAGACUGAGCGCGGCAUCGCCUCGGCUCGCAGCGCCAUCGUCGCCUCCAUCAGCAACCUGGUCGACACGGAGCUGCAGUCGCGCGCCGCCAUGCUCCACGACAACGCCGGCGCCCUCGACAAGCAGGAGCGCAGCGUCGUCGCGGCCACGGCGGGCCUGCGCCGCGAGCGGGAGCGCCUGGCGCGCGAGGCCGACGUGGCCGCCCGCCGGAUCAAGGAGCUGGGCAACGUCCAGAACUGGGCCGAGGUCCUCGAGAGGCAGUUCCUCGUCCUCGAGGAGACGGUCCGCCUGGCCAACGGCAGCAGCGACGACGCCGACAGCGACUGCAGCUGCAGCUGCUCCGAGUGCGGCGGGUCCGCGAGUGAGUGCGGGGUGGCGGCGGCCAGCGGCCAGGGUCGUGAUCACAGCGGCGUCGAUAAUGAGGGCGCGGCUGACCCCAGCAGCAAGGGCGGCGACGACGGCAGCGGCGCCAAGGAGCAGUCCAUCAGCGUCGCGGACCUGUCUCUGUCCGAUGCGAGCCGCAGCCUGAACGAGCCGGAGUCUGGCACGGGCACCAGCUCGACCAAGAGCCCGGACACGGCCUCGGCGACUACUUCGAUUUAG